CACUGUGGGAUUGCAGAGUAUUGACAUAGCAACCAGGCGCAGGAGCCGACAGAGUGUUUCAUCCCGGGUGACUUUUAGCUGCCUCGUCUCUGCUCUAAUCGCCCAGAGUUGUUUUCCGCCGGUGUGAUGAACGCGGCGGUGGUGAAAAAGACCCAGGACACGCUGGGUAAAGUCAUAAAGAAGCCGCCUCUCACGGAGAAACUGCUCAGCAAGCCUCCGUUUCGAUACCUGCACGACAUCUUCAGUGAGGUCAUCAGGGCCACUGGUUUUAUGAAAGGCUUGUAUGGAGAGAAUGAAAUGAAGUCAGACAACGUUAAGGAUAAAGACUCCAAGAUAGCCUUCCUUCAGAAAGCCAUAGAUGUCGUGAUGCUGGUGAGUGGCGAGGCCCUGGCAGCAAAGCCAGCACGCAUUGUGGCUGGUCACGAACCUGAGAAAACCAAUGAGCUGCUGCAGGUUAUCGCCAAGUGCUGCCUCAACAAGAUGCCAAGUGAUGAUGCAGUGAAGCGAGUACUCGGUGGAGAGAAGGUGGACUUGAAGACUAAAGCCAGCACCUCUAGGUCCCAGGACAAGGAGAAUAGGGAAGAACGUGAACGUCACCUAGAUAGAGAGGAAAAGAAAAAGAUUUCAAAGCACAAGGGUAGCGGGGAACAUAAGGACCCAGACCAGCCCAAAGAGCAGGAGAGUCAACAAAGAGAUGGAGAAAAGGAGCACCACACAGACAGGGACCGCAAACAUCACCGCAGCGAACAGGAACACGGCAAAGAACGUGACAAAGACAAGAGCCGAGACCGGGAGCGAGACAAGGACAGGGACAAAGGACGAGUUAAAGACAGGGACAAGGCGAAGGACAGAGAGAGGGAUCAAGAAAAGGAAAAGGAGAGGGGGAAAGAGCGAGAAAAGACAAAGGAGAGGGAUUCCCAUAGAGAUUUGGAAAGAGACAAGGAAAAACGAAGAGACAAAGAGCGGGAGAAAGAGAGGGAACGACACAAAGAGAAGGAAGAGAACAACAAAAGUGUGAAUGGCGAUAACAAGGCUAGAGAAUCAGAGGAAACAACGAGCCCAGAAGAGCCCAGCAAAACAGCCAAACCCGUACCAGCUCCUGCAGAAGUUGAAAACCAGUCCAACAGUCCAACAAGAAUACCCCGGCCUUCAUCUGCUAAAGGGCAGAGGCGGAGACCUAAAAUUGGAGAUCAAGAUGAAUCUGACAGUGAGGGAGACGGAGAUGCUCAGUUAACCCAGAGACCUGUUCCUCAGGAAAAUGGAGAUGCUGCAGGCUCCUCUGUGCCAUCUGACACAGCUUCCAGACGAAUAGCACGGCCCAGCAGUGCUCGCCCAGCACCUCCUCGAGUCAGGAGACAGGAAAGUCACCCUGAUGUGACCUCAGCUGAGAGACUGUCCAGUGCCAAGCCUUCAGCACCUGUCAUCAUGGAUGGGAAGAAGCUCUCUGAGGAUGAGGAGGAUGAAGAUGAACAAUUUGUCGUUGAGGAGGUGGUCCCUCCACCCUUAAACGCUACUGAGAUGGAGGUGGAUCCUACGCAGGAACUAGACAGUGAAGAGAAACACGGUGGUCUUGUGAAAAAGAUAAUCGAGACCAAGAAAGACUAUGAAUUGUCACCAUCCUCCCCCAAAUCUAAAGAGCAGAACUGGGUGUUUGAAGCAGCACGGAAGAAAGAGCGGGACGUGGUGACGAAGGAGAUAGAGCGGCUGCGCUCAUCCAUCCAGACGGUGUGCCGUAGCUCCCUGCCUUUGGGUAAGAUCAUGGACUACAUCCAGGAGGACAUGGACGCCAUGCAGGCUGAACUGAAUACUUGGCGACAGGAGAACAAGGAGCAUGCACAGGCCUUGGUGCAGGAGCAGAAAGUGACAGACCGUGCCGUGGAGCCUCUUAAAGCAGACCUAGCUGAGCUGGAGCAGCUUAUCAAGGACCAGCAGGACAAGAUUUGUGCUGUAAAGUCCAACAUACUGAAGAAUGAAGAGAAGAUCCAAAAGAUGGUGACAGGAAUGAAUGCCUCUUCCAGAACCUGAACGUCACUAACUUCUAUAAAUGCACUGACAACUUGUAUAGGUACGAACAGUUUACCCUUCAGAAUCAUGGCGAGAACAUUUUUCUUGAAGGUUAAUGUGGGAUGGGACCAAACACUGCACUUUUAUGUUUUUGUUGAUGAUGGACCCAAACACAUUCCAACACAACCAGGGUGGGAAAGAAACGUACUUACUGUUGGUAAAUAAAAACACCGUGCGUUGGUUUAGAGGUCUGACUCUAUUCUAACAUAUGAUUAAAUGGAAAAGGUGGGUGGUAAAGUCGGAGGUUUACCAGCUGCUUAUCAUAGAAUAAAUAAAUGAUCUUCCUGCUCCAAACCCUAACUUUUCCCCCUGUUCUGAAAUGGUGCCUUUCUGGAAUGAGCCAGUUAGCUUAUGACAGUUAGAAUAGAUAGUUGUUUUUAAUGCUUGAUUUUACCACACUUUCAAAUAACAUUAGAUUUAAAGUGUAUUUCCUUCUUAUUCUUUCAUUGCUGAGUAAAAAUAUGGAACACCUCACACUAUUCAUCUGGUUGAAAACAGGAGGAAAAUGAAUUUUCUCUUUCUUUCAUAUAGAUUCAUAUUUUUAUGUGGAGGGUUCUAUGUGUCUUAGUUGACUGAUGUGGUUGUAACAUGACUGUGGUACCGUCCUUGUUUUGAAUUUGUGCAGCGGUUUUUUUUCUAUCUCCCAUUGUUUACCACAACCUCUCAAACUCUUCAUGUUGUAGAAAACAAUACUGAUGGUUCACUUGUUAUUUCAUUCACUCUUCCACUUGUUAAGCACCAUGGCACUUUGAUGAUGAGUGGGAUCAGAAGAGGAACCUUUGAGGAAUUUUUUAGAAAAAUCCUUUUGGCAGCACAGCCAAAUUAAAUUAAAUUAGUUCCUCUCACACUUAUAAAGAUCUUAUAACUCACAACACAGCCAAGACAAGACAUAGGACAUUAAAAGUAAAGAUCUAUCUUUGCAGUGAUAGCCACCAUGAUGGAUGGCCCUCGGCUUGAUUUGUACCAUAGAAUUUGCCAAACUCAUCCAUUUUUGGGAUGAACACAAUGUUUGGUUAUAUGGCAAAUUUUUGUGUGAACUCUGGAACUCUUAUGAAUAAAAAAAAUCAUAUUUUACCUUCUCUUUCUUUAAGAGAUGUACUUUACACAUACGUGUCUAAUAUAAAAAUAUAUAUGAAGCAAUACUCGGCUGAUAACAGCAGUGAGAGAUUGGAGUGUAGAGAUGUCAGACUGAAAGUAACCACUGUCCCAGUUUUCCUCAAAUACCCAACUUGACAAUAGUCAUAUUUCCAUGUGUGAAUGAAAUAUAGAUGUUUCCAUACAUUGUGGCCUAUCUCACCCUGAAUGAAAAUGCAGUUUAUAGUUAAAAUGCAAAUUUUACAUUGUUGAUACUUCCUUAUAUGCUGUUGCUACCUCUGUUAGUUCUGCUACAGAAUUGCCUCCCAGAGAAAAAACUUGUCGAGAUGCUCUGAUGAAUGUAAUUAUGUCCCUCCCCAUAAUGACCAGCAAUAGCUACAUGUUUUUUUUUCUUUAGCUAUGAAGUGAUGAUCUGAGAGCUCUCAGAGAGUGGGGAUUCAAUUUUCACUGUCCCACCAUUUAAACAUACAACACAUCUGUGCUAAGAACAUGAAGUGUUCUGUGAUGUUUCUGAUCUCAUAGUUUAUUAUAUAGUUUAAGGUAAAAAAAAAAAAAAA